GCUCAGCUUAUUGCCCAGUCUAUUGGUCAGGCGUUCCAGGUGGCAUACCUGGAGUUUCUCAAAGCCAAUGGCAUCGAAGACCCAGGCCUCCUUAAGGAGAUGGACUACCAGGAUGUUCUUAAUCAGCAGGAGAUAUACGGAGAGGAGCUGAAUCUGUUUGCCAACAAAGACUUUCACAAAGAGGUGAUUGUGCCGAAGUCCAAGAAUGAGCCUCUCAGUAUUGUCAUUGUGGAGUCUGGCUGGGGCUCCAUGGUUCCAACAGUGGUCUUGGCAAACAUGCUGCCCAGUGGCCCAGCUGCUCGCUGCGGUCAGCUGAACAUUGGUGACCAGAUCAUCUCUAUCAAUGGCAUUAGCCUGGUAGGGCUACCACUUUCAGCCUGUCAGACCUACAUCAAGGCCUCCAGGUCUCAGACUGUGGUCAAGCUGACAGUGGUGCCCUGCCCACCUGUAGUGGAGGUGCUGAUCAAACGACCAGAUGUAAAGUACCAGCUGGGCUUCAGUGUUCAGAAUGGAGUGAUUUGCAGUUUACUCCGAGGUGGAAUCGCUGAACGAGGUGGAGUGCGUGUUGGGCACAGGAUCAUCGAAAUCAACAACCAGAGUGUAGUAGCAGUCCCUCAUGAAAAGAUUGUUACAUUGCUGGCCAGUUCUGUAGGGGAGAUCCACAUGAAGACCAUGCCAACAUCAAUAUUUCGGCUUCUGACUGGCCAGGAUGUGCCUCACUACUUGUAG